AAGAUCAUCAAUGAAGAGGAGGAGCUCGAUCUCCUCUUUCUUCUCUAUCGUCAUAAUUUUCACCCACUUAGGCCGCCCGCCUCGCCUGCAACAACAGGAGAGUACUGCCACAUUCCGUCACUUGCACUUUGGAGCUACAGUGACAUAGAGGGCCCAGGUGCCGUAGCGGGAACUGAUACGAACAAAAAUAAGGAAAAGCCAACUACUCGUUUGGAAUUUGAGUGAGCACAGUGAUCUCCCCCCACUUCCAGAAAAGAAGAAAGGCAACAACUUCCUCCGUAAGGCGACACACCCGCAGAAAGGCAGGGAUGAAGAAGGUCCUUCCAGGGCAAGUCAGACCUCGUGCCCCGCCCCCUUUUGGCUAGACUCCACUGCAAAUAGUCAAUAGGUAACCAGUUAUUAGCAUCGUCUGACUCUCCUGAGAAGGAAUGGAUUCAGAAAAGAGUGCCGCACAGACUGUGGUAACUCAGGUCAGCAUUGGAGGAUUUGACAUUGAUGUCAAAGCUAAUGAUCUUGUCAAGCAUCUCGAAGACAAGAUUGGACAAGUUUGGCGAUGCAGACUGAAGGCCUCAUGGACCCCUCCAGAGUCCUAUCCUAAAUUUGACAUCAUCGAACCAAAUGGCAUCCAAGUAAUGGACACCUACAGGCGAGUGGUGCCCCAUGCAUUUGUCCAUUUCGCAUUGCCCGAGUCAGCAAGUGCUGCCAUGGAUGCUGAAGGAAGUGGCCUGCUCACAUUCAGAGAUGUACCUUUGAAGGUUAGCCUGGGCCCUGAAAACCCAUUUCGGCUCAACCAGAGAAGAAGAACUUCAACUCCUUUCAAGAUCCCCGAUGUGCAGCUCGACAUUGGAACCCUUGUCAGUCGGGAGGAGUUCUUUGUAGGCUGGAAAGGACCCGAUUCUGGUCUCGAUUUUCUGGUUGACCCUUUCGACGGGACGUGCAAAUUCUGCUUCACCAGGCAGACGUACUUCUCCUUCAAAAAUUCUCCCGAGCAUGCAGUGCUCAAUUGUGAUUACAAGAUGGAGUUCUUGGUGAGAGACAUAUUUGACAUCAAACAGUACACAGAGAGAACAUGCUUGGUUAUACUGUUGCAGUUAGCUGCAGCUCCACAUGUCUGGUAUAGAACUGCUGAUGAUGACAUUGAAGUAUCCGUUCCAUUCGAUCUGUUGGAUGAUGAUGACCCUUGGAUCAGAACCACCGACUUCACCCCAAGUGGCGCUAUUGGCCGGUGCAACUUUUAUCGACUCUCUGUUAGACCACGCCACGGUGCCAAGUUGAAGAAGGCCAUGACUUUUCUUAGAGAAAGGAGGGUGCAGGACUAUUCCCUUCAGAGACCUCUUAAGAUCUUGGAUGAGCCUGAGUUCGGGGCACCCCUAUUGGAUGUCUUCUUCUCUAUUCAUAACAACUAUCCAGGGGUCUCUUUUGAACAAAUGUUCCUGGUGAAUGCCGUCAUGCAUAAAGGAAUAUUCAGUCAGCACCAGCUGUCAGAGGAGUUUUUCAAUGCACUGAGAAAGCAACCUGCAGAGAUCAAUGUUGCUGCUCUAAAGCACAUUUGUUCUUACAGACAUCCUGUCCUUGAUGAUGCUACUGAGCGGCUAAAACUCGUCCAACGGUGGGUUUUGAAGAACAAUGCUAAUAGUUCUGUCAAGAGCAAUACCCGGUUGGAAGACCUUGCUGAAAUCAGGAGGUUGGUAAUUACCCCAACUCGAGCCUAUUGCCUUCCUCCUGAAGUCGAGCUCUCCAAUAGAGUGUUGAGGAAGUACAAAGACGUUGCCGAUCGUUUUCUGAGAGUCACUUUCAUGGAUGAGGGCUUGCAAACGAUGAACUCGAAUACGUUCUCGUACUAUGUAGCUACCAUCGUGAGAGAAAUCACCUCAAACCCAUUUCCUCAGAAGACCACCAUUUUCAAAAGGGUUCGAAGUGUUCUCAUUGAUGGAUUCUAUCUGUGCGGUCGAAGGUACUCUUUCUUGGCUUUCUCGUCAAACCAAUUGAGAGAUCGUUCAGCAUGGUUCUUCGCCGAUCAUGAAACCGUUAACACGAGUCGUAUAAGAGCUUGGAUGGGUAAGUUCAAAAAUAGGAAUGUUGCAAAAUGCGCUGCCCGAAUGGGUCAGUGUUUCUCCUCCACUUAUGCAACUGUGGAGGUUCCAUCACACGAGGUCAACGACAUGCUUCCUGAUAUUGAGAGAAAUGGCUAUAAUUUUUCUGAUGGCAUUGGGAUGAUAGCGCCUGACCUAGCCCAGGAAGUCGCGAUCAGAUUGAAACUAGAUGCUGAUCCACCAUGUGCUUACCAGAUCAGAUUUGCCGGCUGCAAAGGUGUGGUGGCUUGCUGGCCUGCAAAAGACAACGACAAUGGAUAUCGUUUGUCUUUGAGACCCAGCAUGAACAAGUUCAUCUCCACUCAUUCUACUCUGGAGAUAUGCUCUUGGGCUAGAUUCCAGGCAGGGUUUUUGAACAGACAAAUAAUCACUCUCCUGUCGACUCUUGAUGUUCCUGAUACUGUGUUCUGGGACAUGCAGCAGAGGCAGUUGUCUCGACUGAAUCAAAUGCUCGUCGAUGUAAAUGUGGCGUUCGAUGUUCUCACAGCAUCUUGCGCCGAGCAAGGAACUGUUGCUGCAUUAAUGCUGAGUGCAGGUUUCAAGCCACAAACGGAACCCCAUUUGAGAGGCAUGCUGACUUCCAUUAGAGCUUCGCAGCUCUGGGGGUUGAGGGAGAAGUCGAGAAUCUUCGUCGAAAGUGGGAGAUGGUUGAUGGGUUGUCUUGACGAGCUAGGUGUGCUCGAGCAAGGGCAAUGCUUCAUCCAAGUCUCCAAACCGUCUCUCGAGAAUUGUUUCUUGAAGCAUGGUGAGAGGUUUCAGGGUAGUAAGAAAGAUCUUCGUGUGGUGAAGGGCACUGUGGUCAUAGCUAAGAACCCUUGUCUUCAUCCUGGAGAUGUGAGGGUGCUGGAAGCAGUUGAUGAUCCUGGUUUGCACCAUUUACAUGAUUGCCUUAUUUUCCCGCAGAAGGGUGAGAGACCACAUACAAAUGAGGCCUCUGGUAGUGAUCUCGAUGGUGACCUGUAUUUUGUCACGUGGGAUGAAGAUCUUAUUCCUCCCAGCAAAAGGAGUUGGCCGCCAAUGCAGUAUGAUGUCGGAGAACCCAAACUGCUUGGUCGUGAAGUGAAUACUCAGGUAGACAUAAUCGAAUUCUUCGUUAGGAACAUGGUUAACGAGAACCUGGGAGCAAUCUGCAACGCACACGUGGUCCACGCAGAUCUCAGCGAAUAUGGGGCUCUGGACGAAAAAUGCAUCAAGUUGGCGGAUUUAGCCGCAACAGCUGUUGACUUCCCGAAAACCGGGAAGAUAGUAACCAUGCCGGGUCAUCUAAAACCGAAGCUCUACCCGGACUUCAUGGGGAAAGAAGACCAUCAGUCGUACAAGUCGAGCAAGAUCCUGGGAAGACUGUAUCGCCAGGUCAAGGAUGCAUACGAAGAAGAGACGGCUGCUGCAUCGUUGGAGCCCAUCAGCACCAGCAGCUCGCCCAUCGACAUAUACUACGACUGGGAUCUGGACGUUCGGGGAGCAUCCGAUUUCAUAAUGGAAGCGUGGGACCUGAAGCGCUCGUACGAUGACCAGCUGAGAGGCCUUCUUCAACAGUAUAAAGUGAAGAGGGAGGAAGAGAUAGUGACGGGACAUGUCUGGUCAAUGCCAAAGUCAAACAGCAGGAAGCAAGGCGACUUGAAGGAGAGGCUGAAGCAGUCGUAUAGUGGCCUGAGGAAAGAGUUCCGGCGAAUGUUUGAGCAGAUGGAUGAUGGUUUCAAGGAGCUACCGGAUGAAGAGAGGAACAUCAUGUACGAGAAGAAAGCAUCGGCUUGGUAUCAGGUGACUUACAAUCCUACGUGGGUGAAGAGGUAUGCCAAGUUGCAGGAGGUUGAUGGUACUGUCAAUGUUGUGAUGCUCAGCUUCCCAUGGAUUGCAGCUGAUUACCUUGCGAGGGUGAAGGUUAAGCGAAGGGAAAGGGGAAGCGGUGACGGGAAUAAGCCCAUUGAGGUUCUGCGAAGGUACAUUGCUGAGAGGUUAUGAGUUGGGAUCCCAGCAAUUAGGUCAAGUCGUUGUUGUGGUUGAGCCAUUGAUUUCGUAGCAAGUCCACUCUGCCAUGGUUUGCUUCUAUGUUGCUUCUUGUUAAAGUAGUUCAUACCUUGUAUUGCAAGCAUGAGUCUUAGUUUAGUUAUCGGUGCUUGUGUCCUCGAGUCUGUCAUUCGGUCUAUGCAAUAACAGUGAUGAAACUUCAGAUUUCUUAUUGUCAAUUACCGUGUUCGUCCACUGCUUGAUUAGUUGAUUAUAUCUACAACUCC